CCUUUCGAUACCUUGCGUGCUGGCUUCGUAUUGCUCUCGUGCACUCCCCGCCUUUCCACUUGCGCCUCCAUCUGACGCUGCAUUCUUUGUCCUUUGACCAAACGAUCAGCAAGGUGAGAGCGGUCUCCAUUUCCCGAGGUCUUUGUUCUGCACAUACCCGCCAUGGCCGGCCAGAAUGACAAAGAAAACCUCACUUUAGACGAACUGGAGACUGCGCUGGCGCAGGACACCAAGGUCAAGCUUGCAGGCAUCGACAUCGAUGGAAUCCUUCGCGGCAAGUUGGUUUCCAAGAAGAAAUUCCUCUCUGUCGCCAAAGAUGGCUUUGGCUUCUGCAGCGUCAUCUUUGGCUGGGACAUGCACGACUUGACGUACUUUCGAGAACUCAAAAUCAGCAAUAAAGAGAAUGGAUACAAAGAUUUGGUUGCAAAGAUAGACCUGGCCAGCUAUCGUCGAAUACCUUGGGAAAACAACGUGCCCUUCUUCCUUGUCAGCUUCUACGAUCCGGACACAAACGAACCCAUCAGUGCGUGCCCUAGAAGUCUUCUGCGAACCGCCGUCAAGAAGUUGGACAGAGCUGGCUAUGGGGCUAUGGCUGGUGCCGAGUACGAAUUCUUCACCUUCAGAGCACCCAAAGAUCCCUCCAUACAAACAAAUCAGCCUUCAUCCGCCACCACAGCUCCCUUCCUCCAAGAAAAUCCUGUCGAAUCCCUGCCUCAUCUCACCCAGGGCAUGUUCGGCUACUCUUUGACAGACCCCAUCCACAAUCAAGAUUGGUUCUACAGCAUAUUCGAGGCAUGCGAAAAAUUCAAGUGUAAUAUCGAGGGUUGGCACACCGAGUCAGGACCCGGUGUAUUCGAGGCAGCGCUUGAGUACGGUGAGAUCACAGAAAUGGCAGACAGAGCGAGCUUGUUCAAGUAUGUGGUCAAGGCGAUGGGCAGUAAAUAUGGCAUUACUCCAACAUUCAUGGCCAAACCAAAACAGGGCCUUCCCGGCAACAGUGGACACGUUCAUUGUUCUAUAGUCGACAAAUCAGGCAAGAAUUUGUUCUAUCGUGGGGAGAAGGAUCCGAAUCCACCUUACAAAGACCUUGAGUACGUGUCGGAUCUUGGUCGUCAAUUUUUAGCUGGCUUGCUGGAUGGUCUGGCUGAUGUCAUGCCCAUUAUUGCACCUACAGUCAAUUCAUACAAGCGGCUGGUCGAGAAUUUCUGGGCUCCGGUCACAGUAUCAUGGGGUCUCGAGCAUCGAGCAGCCUCAAUCAGGCUUAUUGCACCUCCCACUGCGUCAGCCAAGGCAACAAGAUUCGAGAUCAGAGUUUGUGGUGCCGAUUCCAACGCAUCUCUGGUCCUGGCCACGAUUGUCGCUCUAGGCUGGAGAGGGAUCGAGAAGAAAAUGGAAAUUCCGCUACCGCCAUUGAGCAAAGGAGAGGAUGUCGGUGGGGACAGCGACAAAGGCGAGCGCCUGCCCAAGAAUCUCAAAGAAAGCACGGCAAGGUUUAUGGCCAAAGGCAGUAUUGCUCGAGAAGUCUUCGGAGAUGAAUUCGUCGAGCAUUAUGGCGGCACAAGAGAACACGAAUGUCGACUAUGGGAUGAAGCGGUGACCGAUUGGGAGGUGCGAAGGUAUAUUGAAACUGUAUGAGAUACCCAGCUGGCAAUGAGAUUUUUUUCUAUUCA